UUGUUUUUUAUUCGGCUACUUAAUUAACUUUAUAUGAUCUUUUUGCUGUAUUCCAAUUCUAUUACAGAUCGAGAAACAAAAAAUUAAUUAAGUUAACAAUAAAAUUCAAUCAAUUUAUCACGAAGUUUAUAGAAUGCCAGUCCUCAAAAUGUACUCUUUACCACCAACGUUUCCGUGUCUGCUUGUAGAAAAAGACGAACGUUACGAAGCAAUAAACGAGAUGGCAAGUCUUACACGGUAUCCAGAGGACUGCAAUAAGUAUGUCAUGUGCAGCGAUGGAAAAUGCAAGCUGGAAACGUGCGAGCCCACUUACAUUUUCGACCCAGUUACGUCGACCCACCGGCUCGUGGGUCCAUCAACUGUUUCGGAUUCUCGCGGAAGCUAUAAAUUACGAAACGAAAGAUUUGUUGAGAUCACAUGCUGUAAACGUAUUAUAUUUUCAUCGUGAGGAAAGAUUGAGAAAGAUUCCAAAGUGGCUCAAUAAAGCGUCGUACGAAAUGGCAAUCUUA